AUGCCGCUCGACUACGUCAAAUUCCCCUACGAGGCCGUGUAUCCCGGCGACAAUGAAGUGACCGCUGAUUCUAUCUUUUCUGGGAUCGCUACGUUUGCCAAGCUGCCGUGGGUUCAGUGUCUCGGCAAGGACAAAACGGUCCCAUUCGAUGUCGCCUUCAUCGGAGCGCCGUUCGAUACGGGUACUUCCUAUCGCCCGGGUGCUCGGUUCGGUCCUGCGGGCAUUCGCGCCGGAUCUCGUCGUCUUACGCUCUAUGGAGGUUACAACGUGCCGCUCGAAGUUAAUCCCUUCCUAUCGGGCCUCAAGAUCGUCGACUGCGGUGACAUUCCAGUCACGCCUUACGACAACAAGUACGCCAUCAAGCAGAUUGAAGUCGGACACAAGGAACUACUUCAUCGCCCAACCUUCUCUCCACUUGGCAACGACUCUGCGACGGGGCUUCCCCUGCAGCCGCUUUCGAUCGAUGGCAAGAACCAUCCUCGCAUUAUUACGCUCGGGGGUGACCACACCAUCGUUCUCCCGCUGCUUCGCUCUAUCUACAGUGCUUACGGCGCAAUCUCGGUGAUUCACUUUGACAGCCACCUCGAUACCUGGAAGCCACAGGUGUUCGGCGGCGCUCCCUCAGACCAAGCAGCGAUCAAUCACGGGACCUACUUCUAUUGGGCCAGCCAGGAAGGCCUUAUCAGGAACGGCUCAUCCAUUCAUGGUGCCAUCCGCACCACGUUAUCUGGACCGGCAGACUACGCCAACGACGAUGCAUCUGGCUUUCAGCGAAUCGAAGCCCGCGAAAUUGACACAAUAGGAACCGUAGGCAUUAUAAAGAAGAUCCGCGACACCGUGGGCGACAAGCCCGUCUACCUGUCCAUCGAUAUUGACUCCAUCGAUCCCGCGUUUGCCCCUGCGACGGGCACGCCCGAAACCGGCGGAUGGUCGACCCGCGAGUUGCGAACGAUUCUGCGCGGUCUGGACGGUUUGCACAUCGUCUCCGCCGAUAUUGUCGAGGUGGCCCCUGCUUACGACACGAACGCCGAGCUGACCACCAUGGCUGCCGCCGAUGUGUUGUAUGAAGUUCUGAGCGUCAUGGCGAAGACGCCGUUAGGUAAGGCCUCGGCCUAG